AGCUCGUUCACUCUUUAUUUCUAUCAGCAGAAGAAGAGCGACUGUGUUCCUGCACAGACUGACCAUCGCUCUGAAAUCACGUUUUUUCAAUAAAUAUCUGAUCAAUAAGUUGAUAGAUCAGGUGUCUGCAGGUCCCCGGUCUGCAGCAGAUUAAUUCUGGAGACUUCAGCUGGGUGACCGCGGGGAGCCGGGCACUUUCUGCGGGAGGAGAUGUACCGUGGUCGGCCUCCGCCGAGAGGAGGCUACCCGCCGCCUUUCGAAAGCCGAGGACCGCGGCCUCCGAGGCCUUACCCGGCACCGGAUUAUAGAGACGACAGGAGCCGGCCCAGGCCUCCAUACCACCACGGCUACCACGACCACGGUCCCCCGGACUCGUAUCACCGCUCCCCGCCGCGGAGGAGGUACCCCUCCCCCGGGUCGGGAAGUCACCGAGCCGGGGAGUACUGGGCCGGGGGUCCGCCGAGAGAGAGGUCUCCGUCACCUCAUGGGCCGAUUCCCCUCGACCACAACCUGGUCAUCACCGUUGGCAACGAGCUGACUGGAACACCUGGCCCCGCCCCCUCACGCCAUCAUGACAGAGACUACAAACCCGAGUACGAGCGGAGCCGGAGCAGGGGCCGGAGCCCAGACCGGAGCCGGGGAAAGAGUCGGGGACGGAGCAAGAGCCGGCCUCGCAGCCAGAGCCGGAGUCCAGACCGGAGCCGGGCCAAGAGUCGGGGUCGGAACCGGAGCCGGGCCAAGAGUCGGGGUCGGAGCAAGAGCCGGAGUCCAGACCGGAGCCGGACCAAGAGUCGGGGUUGGAGCAAGAGCCGGCCCCGCAGCCAGAGCCGGAGUCCAGACCGAAGCCGGGCCAAGAGUCAAGGACGAAGCAAGAGCCGACCCCUCAGCAGGUCAAGAUCCAGGUCCAGGUCUAGAUCCAGGUCCGGAGGGAGGAGCAGAGGGAGGAGCCGUGGGCGGAGCAUCAGCAAAGUGGUGAGUCAUGGCCGCAGUAAGAGCCGCCACUCGAGCUCAAGCAGCCGCAGCGCAGACGGCAGCGACGAGAAAUCCAGGAAAGAGUUUAAAGAGCUGGAGAUGGCUCGACGCAGGAAGGAGCUGGAGGAGAUGCUGAGUCUGCCGACCAAAUCCAUCCUGAAGAAACGCAACGACUCGGAUGACUCACCGUCACUGAGGAGCAUCGACUCUCCCAGAGGUCUGGACGGUUCCCACAUGUCUCGGGUGGCCGACCAGCUGCUGCAGGCCGUUAAAGGCAUGGAGCCUCACAUGGUGGCCUCGGUGCUGUCCGAGCUCCGGUCCGACCCGCAGAUGGCUCACCGUGCCGGCCUCAACACUGAGAUCAAAGAGAUCCUGAACCUGCUCGGGGGUGCGGGUUCAGGAGCCAAGUCUCAGAUGAGAACCGUGGACGACAUCGAUGACGAGGAGAAGUUUCUGUACGGAGACUCUGAGGACCCGAAACCUCCGCCGGUGUCGGAGCCGGUCCAACACCACGGGCUGGAUCUGUAUGGAGAUGUGACAGAGGAGGCGCUGUACGGAGACUACCCCCCACCCAAAGUCAUCAUCAGUCAGACCUAUGGCCUUCCUCCGGGGGCCUCUCCUCACCUCCAGGCGCCUCCCACCAUGGGGGAGGAAGACAGCCGUUACAUGAGCCGGCCCACCAUCAGCCCCGACCAGAACAUCACGGUCCAGGUGUCGAACCCGGCCUACCCCCCCGGCACUGAGCCGCUGGAGGAGAGCGAGCGCCAGGCACUGGAGGAGUAUGAGAAGAUCCAGGACCUGCUGAAGACCAUUGGUCUGGACCUGGGUGUCGUCGAGAUCAGCAAGAUGGCUGCCAGGACCAAGGAGCGUCUCCAGGGAAACAAGCCCCCAAAGACACCCACGCGGCGCCGGAGGUACUCCUCGGACAGCUCAGACGGCAGCCAGGGCCGCAGGGGGCGGAGCCGCAGCGGCAGCUCCAGCAGCAGCAGCAGCAGCAGGAGUCGCAGCCGGGGGGGGAGUCGGGGGGGCUACAGGGGGGGCAGCUGGAGCAGCAAUGACAGCCGCAGGAAACCGGCUCGGCCCAGAUCCCAUCGGGACGUGAAGGAGGCAACGGCCGAGUGGAGCGACACCGCGCCGCUGCAGCACAAAGAACCGCCGCCACAAACCCCCAAACCCAGCAGCCUCCCCCCUCCCCCCGCAGCACCCAUACCCACCUACCCCCCCUCGCAGGCCCACGGCAUGAUGCCCCCUAACUACCCCCCGCCGGGGUACGGCCAGUACGGAAACUACCUGCCCUACAUGCACCAGCAGUGGCCGCCCUUGUACCCGCCCCCCAGGAUGACACUGCCCCCCCCGGCCAGUCCUCAUGAGUUCCCCCCCACUCUGCCGUACAAACAGCUGUACAACAAACUGGCCCCUGAGCCCGGGGUCAAAGGUUCGAUGAAGACUCAGGACAGAGAGAAGAGCAGCUGUAAAGUCAGCAGCCACGACAGGAGAGUGUCAGAGGAGCAGAACAACGAGAGCCAGAAACAAAAGGUUCUAGAGGAGAGGGAGAACCUGAAGCAGGAGAGAGAGAUCAGGAUGAAGAAGAAGGAGUAUCUGAUGAAGGAGCUGGAGAGACUCAGGAAGCAACAAGGUGAGCUCCUGAGGAAGAAGCGGCGGGAGAAGGACGGCCACAAAGACCCUCUGCUGCAGGAGAUCAGCCACCUGCAGGAGGAGGUCAUGACUCAGAUCUCCAACCUCCGCAAGGAACACGAGGCCGCCGAGAAGAAACGCAAUGAGAUUGACAAAGUGGCACUCAUCCUCGGCCUCAGCCCGUCCGACCGCCCCCGCAGAGCCAGCAAGCCCGCCGACGACCAGGAGAGUGAGCCGCCGCCGACAGAGAAGAAACGGGAGGUGGAGAGGAGUCCUGAGGGACGGCAGGCAUCCGACCUCACGUUAAAGCAGACCUCAGCGGUGCCGUCAUCAUCGUCGAGAGCGUCCCCCAACAAGCCGCCGGUCAGUGCCCCCCCUCCGACCCCGCCCCCGGAGCCGUUUGAAUACUAUGACGCUGGAAACCACUGGUGUAAAAACUGUAACGUCACCUCGGGAUCCAUGUUUGAUUUUUUCACACACUUGCACAGCAAAACGCAUCGAAAGACUCUGGACCCUUACGACCGGCCCUGGGCCUCCACUCCCACCAAAAUCAUCAAGAACAUGCCUCCAGAGGAGAAACUGACCAAACCUGCCAAAGGGUCGGAGUUCCUGCUGCCCGUCAGAGGAUUCUUCUGCCUGCUGUGUAAGGAGUUUUAUGGAGACGCCAUCUGUGCAGAAGAACAUGUCACCACACACGCUCACAACGAGAAAUACAAGAACCAAAUGUAUGAGAAUCCACUGUAUGAACAGAGGAGGAAUCUGGACCGCCAGGCAGGACUGUCCUCAGAGACAAGUGGGAAGAAACGCAAACAUGAGGACGAUGAGAAAGGCAGCAAAGACAAGGAGGAAAAGACCAAACACAAAAAGGACAAAAAGGACAAAGAGAGAAAGAAGGAAGAUGAUGAUGCUACUGAGAAGGAGGAGAAAGUUAAAAAGGAGGAAGAGGAGGAUAGGCUGAAGCGUGGCAAGACAGGGGAGGAUUAUAAGAGGUCAAAAAGCCUGGAGAAGGAGCGACCUUCUUACAGCAAGCAAGACGAGGAUGAGAAUUAUAGAUACAGCAAAAAGGAUGAUAAAUACCGCUACAGCAAAGAGGAAGAGAACAGGAGCAGAUACAACCGAAGAGAUGACGAUGACCAAUAUAAAAACAGCAGAGAGGAGGAGUAUCGGUACCGGUAUCGCAGGGAUGAUGACGGCCGAUAUGACGAUCGACCCAAAUAUGGCUUGAGAGAUGAUGAGGAUAAGCACAAACAUGGUAAAUCAUCAGAUUUCAGAUCCAAAUAUGACAGAGAGCGAGAUGAAGGGAAACCUAAGACUGAGAGGGAGGCUUUUAAAAAGCCUGAGCUGGACAAACCGGUAGGGAAACCAGAGGUAAGCAAGCCUGAACCUACGCCAAAGCCCUAUGAUCCGGCCAAAAUCCUCUGUGGACCCAGUCCGGCCAUGAGGGCCAAGCUCCGUAAACAGAACAUGGAAGCUGUCAAACCAGCUCCCAUGACCAUGAACACUUCAUUUGGAAAGUUCACGUGGAAGAAGAAGGAGAACGUGCUGGCAAAGGUGGCGGAGAAAGUGGCCGCCGAGUUCAUCAAGGAAGAUGAAGCCGCUGCGAGCCAGCGGCCGGUCUCCGUGGAGGAUUCUUUCGCGAAGUCAGUGGCUGUUGCUAAGGAGAUUGCAGAGAAGCUGGGUGGCCAGCCCAGCGUGCCUCCUCCCUGGGUGUCCAAUGGCGCCAACCGGGGAAGGAUCCGGCCAAACCUCCCAGCACCUGCCGCAGUCCUGAGGAAAACAACCAUGAUGGGUAAACCUGCACCUCUGAAUACCUUUCUCUCCAUCAGACCCCAAAACACAACUUCACUAGGACCGCCUCCAAGAGUAUUCUCUGAAGGUCUCACAAAGACUCAGACCACAUUUCUGGAAAAUAAAUCUGUGCCUCCAGUUACACCUGGACCAUUCGAAGCUAUGCCUUCCCCUGCAGUAUCUGGACCAAAGCCAUCUGAGGCUGAACCUCCACCACCGGUGUCUACACCUGCACCAUUUGAGGCUAAACCUCCACCAACGAUGUAUAGACCUGCACCAUUUGAGGUCAAUUCUGCGCCACCAGUUUCUAAACCUGCCUCAGUUGAGGCCAAGCCUACACCAUCUGAGGCUAAACCUAUACAGCCAACAAUGGUAAAGAUAGUGUCUGAUGUUGCUGCUCCUGGUGUUCCAGAGAGUGAGCAGACCCGCACGGUGUUUGUUAAGCCUCCACCUUUCAUGAACUUGGGUGACGGAGCUCAGAAGUCUGAGAAACUUAAGAGUAACUUGGCUGCAGCCAAAGCCCAGGACUUAUUUGGCAUCUUCUACAGCAGCUCUGGCCAGCCAGGGCCCUCCUCCAUCACUAAACCAGCAACAGACUACAGAGCUGACGGGACUAAUGUCAAUAAAGCACCACUUCCUGCUCCACAAGCACCAAAACCACAACCCCAGCGUCUGGCCCAAACCCAGUCCCAACCUCCAAGUGAGGUCCAUACAUCCCCACAACCUGACCCAAACACUUCCCCACCAAGUCUGCAAUCACAAACAAAAACAGAAAUUCAAAUAGCCUCAGUUUGGUCUUUGCAGUCUAACACAUUUCUGACACCUGAGGUGGCUCCGUUUGAAACAACUUCACAAACAUCUCAACCAAAACUGACUCUGCCAGCUCAGUCUGUGGCUCAGAAUGUGCCCCAAAACCAGCCCUCAACUUCUAAAUCUGAGUUCCCAAUCCCCCCACAAACUGAGCCUGCCAAGCUGGAAUCAACACCUCCAACUGAGUCGAUGCCUAAACUCACUUCUCAAAUCCAGACAGAGUUGCAACCUGAACCCCAACCAGAUCAGGACACCCAGGCUCAGUCUCAUCCAGAGACCCACCCUGACGCAGCUCCAGAAUCUGAACCCAAACCAGGCCCCAAAACUAGAGGUAAGACAACUCCAACAAAGAAAACCUCUCCCAUUGCCUGCCCUGUCCGACAGACUCGAUCUCAAACCAGAUACCAGACCCGGCGGCAGCAGCAACAGCAGAGCCACUCUGAGUCUGAACCUGAGUCGGCUUCAGGGGACUCUGAAUCAGCAGCUUCAGACACAAAGGGCCUGGACACAUCAGACUCUGGCCCUAGGUCACAGCCAGAGGAGGGGGCUUCUGGUGAGGGAGACCCUCAGGCGACAGAGAUCACUCCUGAAACCCUGGGCCUCCCCUCCGACAUGACCUCCCUGGACUUUGAGUAUGAUUUUAACUUUGAGUAGGUGCGCACCGGACUGUGUGAUGGGAGUCUGGGGAGGCUCCCAUACUCUUAUGAUAAAAAUCAUAAAGAGUCUUAUAUCAGUCAUUUACUGGACUUGAAGGCAGUUGAAGUGCCAAGAGACACUCACGCUGACAGAGUUUAAAACACUGACCUUCAUCUGUUCAAAGGACCAGAAACAUUUUGUUCUGUUCUCCAGUCAGGUGUUUCAGACGAGGGUCGGUUUCAUCUCUGUGGAUCCAGGACAGAAACAGGUCCUAGAUUUAUUUUUUGCUGGUUGCAGCUUCUUCACUUUAAGAAAUUCCUGGUUUUCUUUUUUCUUAUAAAACAGAAAAUGUAGUAUUUUUGGGUUUUGGACUGUUGGUCGGACAAAACAAAGAAUUUUGGGAUGUCCCUUUAGAUUCUGGGGAAACGUAGAGCUGAACGAUUUAUCGAAAUUUAAUCGAAAUUGCAAGUUGAACUAAUGUGAUUUGUAAACCUCAAAGGCUGCAAAUGCAAUUAUUUAUUUUUACAACAGAACGAGUUGUUACUUUUUUUUCAGCCGCCUCAGUUCACGCGUCCUAAGAUAAAUCAAAGGCAGAGACUCUCAGCCUGCAGGUCUGGACUCUGAUGGACUCAUGUAAGAAAUUAGAAAAAACUGUUGAUCUAAAGGUUCAUGAGGCAAAAUGAUUGCUACACAAAAUCAGAUUUAACUUAACAUAUGGACAUAAGGAAGCUUUAUUGUCAAUGUAGUCUCUACAACAAAAUUUGGUCUGACAUGACAAAAAAAUAUAAACCAACACAAGAUAAAAAGCCCAACCCUAACCCAGUAUGUAAACAAAGAAAAUAACAAAGACAAACAGUAAAUAACAAGGACAGUGAUAAAUACAAGUAAUAAACUGCUCAUUGUUCUUCUUUCCACUGCUGUUACUGUUAAAGUUACUCAGAUAAUCUCUUUAUUGUUGAGUGGGUUAUAUCCAUCAUCAUGUGGAACCUUCACCUCAGAAGGUUUGAGAACCAGCCUCAGUUCCACUGAAAGGAAAAAUCAUGUUCAGCCGUCACUGAUAGCAGCAAACUCAGUGUUCUGCUUCAUAAAAACAUAAAGUAACUCAGAGAUGAAACUGAUCCGUCUGCUCACGUGGCUCUGGACAACAGGGGUUCCCUAAAAUGUCAGACUGCUCCCUUAACGAUGACAGUUCUCUCUUUGUGUUCGCAGGUAAACUCUCUCCUCGUUCUCAUUUCUCCUGAAGGUAACGUACUGUUCACUCACUGCUGGUAGUUGGUCCUGUUUAGUUUUCCUCUGACGUUCGCUCAGUUCAGUGGACCAAUCAGCAGCUCGGCUGGUGUCAGAGCUGCAGCAGUGUUCACGUGUUAGAUGAAGAUCCAGGAUCUGAUUCCUGUAGAUCCUGAUCACAUUUUCUCCCUUUGUUGUGACUGAUGCACUGAUCUGUGGUCAGUGUCUCUGUGUAGAAACAAACUGCUUGUAUUGUGAAAUCUGUUGCUUUGAUUAAAGUUUUAAUAAAAGCCGGUGAAAAGAGGA